UUUUAAGGCGCCCACGGGUGGCUCAUCUCUGCCCCGUUGUAACAUAAUUCCAUCCCGGAUUAGAAAUUCUACCUCUAGUUUAAGUUAGCGAGUUAACCGCAAAAAGGCUGAUGCAGUUUGCUAACAUUUUCACAAAUGGAGAAAUAAAAAUGUGUUGCAUGUCAUAGAACCCCAGGAUGAAGACCGACAGAAUGCUUGAAAAUGCCUGCAUUAAGGCGCAUCAUGGUUCAGUCGGCAGAAGUUUCACAGCUUUCAGAUCAUCAGGCUCAGCCAGGUUACCCCAGAUCAGCUGCAGCGAGCGAGGAGGAUCUGAGUCACAAUAUCCAGGCACCACUCUCCAAGGAAAGUGGUCCUAAUCAGAGUAGGAAGACAAGAGGGAGGGGAGACACCACACAGCCGAAGGAGAGAAAGACCACCCGAUCGAAGAAGAGAAAGGCCGGCGGGGGAGUUCGGCAAUCAGAGGCAAAGCAAAGGGUGUGCAAAGAGGGAACCCCCUUGUCACCACCCGUCCGCAUCUCUUUAAAAAACAUGAUGGAGGCGGAAAUGAAGCUAGUGUACGGUGACGAGCUGCACAACAUUACCCAGCAGCCCUCCGAGUCCCCGGUUGUCCCUUCAGUUUCGCAAUUAAUGUGUCAAGCUUCUGAAAUAGUAGGCCCUCCAAGUGGACCUAAUCUCGGCUUUCUGCCUCAAAUUGACAAAUGGCUGGAUGUAGCCUUACAGGAUGCCGACUCAUACUACCGACAGAAGAAAUAUGUGAUUGCAGCCAGUCGUUUUACCACAGCUCUGGAGUUGUGUUCAAAAGGUGCUGCAUUUGAACAGUCUUUGCAUGCAGAGUAUGAAGACAUUUCAAAGAUUGCCAGUUUGAUUGAAUCCAGACUUGCUGUCUGUUACCUGAGACUUAAGAGACCGGAGAUGGCCCUCAACCACUCGCACAGAGCCAUCCAGCUGAACCCCAUCUAUUUCCGCCACCAUCUACGCCAGGCCAUGGUGUACCGACUGCUGGGGAACCCAUGUGCAGCGGCGAGGAGUGCCAUGAUUGCUGACUGGGUCUACUGGCUGUCGGGCGGCUCAGAGGAACACAUAAGCAAGCUCAUCAAACUGUAUUGGCAGGCUCUGUUGGAGGAGGCAAUCAUUGUAGAGGACGGCUUUUCUGUCAUGUACACCCCGCUCGCCGCCGGGGACUCUGUCGGGAAUUGUAUUGCCAAAGCUGAAAAGACCUUCAAGACACAGCACCCCGCCUUUACAGGCUACCUGUUCACAGAUGUAGCUGUGAGCCAGAUGAACCUCAUUCGCCCCCACACCUUCCUCACGGCAGGGGCUGUGAGGUUGCCUGUCCUCACUGUCGGCCCGCAGGCUGAAGCACAGACUAGACGAGACCCCAGUGGUGGUCACCUCUUGCCUCAGACCACAGAUUGGAGAAACCCCCCAUCUGCUCAGCAGAGAUACAUCGUCACUCUGGGCUUCAGGAACGGAGAGGAUGGCAACUUCCUCAGCAAACUCACCAACAGGACCUGGCCCUCUUUCACAGGACUCAGCGUUCCAUUCGGCUGCGGCAACCCAGAGGACAUAAGGAGACUGUGUGACACAUUCAGCAGGCGGAUCCUACCAGUCUUAGAUUUUAUUAAGUGCACCAAACUAGCUGCAGGUUUUUCCCCAGGCUCAGGGCUUGUGGAGAGGCUGCAGUACUCGGGCUAUCUGGAGCAGGUCCACCGUGGCAGGGAGCAGACCGCCAUCCUCCACCAGACGCUGGCCGAGCUCGCCGUCGCCCCGUACUUGCAGGACCUCCACCACGUGGACGCCACGCUGCUGGAGGCUCUAAUGGCAGACAGCAUGGACACCCUUGAAGGAAGGCGGACUGAUCGAGAACGUGUGUGGAAUAAAAUGCAAAAGGUGGGGAUGUUGGAGGAUCUGUUGUACCAACUGGAGGAGACCCAUCUUAAAAACAAAGCUCAGAGGUCCAAUAGCAAGCAGAGGGCCAGGUCCCGGGUCCCAAAUGGAAAGUCCAGAGAGAGGUCCAGAGCUCAGGCCAAAAUAGUGGCAAGUGACAGGACCAAGGGCCCUCACAAAGCAGUAGCACCAAAGAGCUUACCAGACCCAGGGUCUGACAGUCAGAAGAGUGGACUUGGAGCGUCCUUCUUUCCAUUUCACAAAGAGUCAUCUUAGACCUGAGCAUCUUCCAUAACAUAACUCUAGGUUGGCAGAAAUAACACAUUUACUAGGGAAUGCCAGCAAGCAGGCCAAAACCCAAUCUCACCAUAACAGGCAGAAAAUCUGGGUGGUAUUUUGAGUCUUACAAUAAAACAGACAUUAUCAUAAUGUUCACAAUGUCAGAGUAUUAUUCCAAUAGUGUGGAAAUAUUGAUAAA